AUGAGACCACCAAACAUUCCUUUGGUCGCCAUCCUGUCGGUGUUCGUGUUGCUUUCUUGUCUCUUGGACAGCGUCACCGGUCUUGCUCGCCAGCAGUUUCCGGAUGGCCACAGACUCGUGCGCAGAAACAACUUUGUCAAGACCCAUCAACCUGAUGGCAAUGCAACUGCUCACGGCUAUGGUCUUCCUCCCCCGUACUAUACGGGUGAGCCAGAUGCUCCCACUGAUUUGACCUCCUAUCCUACUCUCAAGGAGCCUACUGCAACGGAGGCACCGACUGAAUCCUCCGGGACCGGCAUGAGCUCUGGGUCAGAUGUUUAUUCUCGGAAUGGCACUGCUGCCUCUGCUAGUUCUUCUUUCUCCAUCUCUUCUGGGCUGGAGACCGACACAGCAAUGAUAUCCGCCGAUUCCAGUGCCAAAGCUGGUAGUACAACCAGUUCUGAGGUCCUUUCGACUGCCCACCUCACGGCUCCAACCUCAUCAUAUGUAACCGAAACCGCUCGUGAUGGUGCCACUGGGAUAUCAGAGAGCCAGCUUUCAACUACCUGGAGCAAUACCUCUUCUCUUUCUAGCACGCGGGCAUUUGCUGGCACCGAUAUUGCUUCGGAUUCCGCAAGCCUGAACGGCACUGUAUCGUUCAAGACUGCAACAGAUUUGCCUUCCACUUCUACCUCAUCUGCCAUAGUCUCUGAUUUCGUUACCGGCAUAGCAACGCUUACUGAGAGCACCACUCUUACAGAUAUUACCUCAAGCCUUCAAGCGUCAGAAGUGGCCUCUGCCACAGAUCGAGUUUCUUCCGAAGUUGAAACGGAGUCCUUUUCAAGUACCACUCCAUCAACCCCGUUCCUGAGCAGCUCAAUCGCGAUUGACUCUACCACAACUACAACAAAGGUACUCAACUUCACUGUGACAGUUUCAGUGGCAGAGUCUACGGACUCUGUGGUGAUACUGCCGUCCAUGACCCAUCCUACGCAGACAAAUCGCUCGUCAAGUCCCAGUACCUCUUCUGGCCGCUCAUCAGAAUCACUCUCUGUUUUGUCCAUCUCGUCAGACCAAACUACAAUGACCACCGUCAUCCCAGCACAAAAUUCGUCUCGGGCUUCCACUAAGGGCUUGACUACUGUAACCACAGAGGAUUAUCCAACAUCAGAAAGUCUCAUCUCCGGUGUAGUCGAGACCAUCACAACUCAUAGUGCCUUGACUGACAGUUCCACUGCCAAGUUGACACAGUCAUCUCACGCUUCUAAGUCCUAUGUCAAUGAGACCGUGAGUAUUACUUCAACGACUUACUUGACUUCAAUUCUUUCUGGAAGCACUGCCAAAUCCACAAACUCAUUUGAUAGCCCCCGCUCUACUGUUGUUGUUUCAGAUGGUUCAGCAGGUACUGGCACUGAAGAGUCAAGAGCAACAGCGAUCUCCCAAACCGUAACGGCCUCGAUUGGUGUCACCACGAGUGAGAAACUCACUGGGUCUUCCUCCAUCUCCUUCGCCACGAACUCCUCUACCCUGUCUGUCUCUAAUUCGACACUCAGCGGGAGUAUUUGGGAAUCUACAUCAGAGACUGCUGCAGCUUCUGCUCAAACGUCCUCAGAAACCUUUUUCGCAUCGUCCGCUUUGCCUGUCAGCACAACGUCUCAAACAGGCAGCAUUUCCUUCACGGUGACCACGGUUUCCGAUGGAUCUGUCAUUACAAUACGUCCGGGUGGUAUUUUCCCAUCUGGUAGUGAGUCCAACAGUUCUGUCUCAACUGAGUAUUCGGCAACUACUCCUUCGCGCAACUCUUCGACAACCAGUUCGGGUUUGGUUUUCUCUUCACGGACAAGCUCACUGUUCGAUUGGUCUACUGUGACGUUAACCGAGCCAAGAACCUCCGACACAAGUCUAGAGCUCCCUUCGAUCACUUUUCCGACUCCUCAAUUUUCGAUCAUCACCACACCUAUGACCCCUCCCGGUGUGACUACAACUCCAGUGGUCAACAUAUCCGUGAUCAGAUCCACAUGGACUUCCACUAUCACAACCAGCCUCGCACCAACAAGCCUGGCCUCGUCUGGCAACGUGACUGCGGCGCACACUAGCAGUGGGUACAACUUUUCACAGACUAUGUCAUCUGAAAUGAGUACAUUCAGCUUUCACUCAACAUCUUUCACCCCCCUUCCUGGAGUCAAUACUUCCAUCAUCACCGGACAUUCUUCCAAUUUUCCGUUCCCAACCAACACAACCAUAGAUUGGCGGACAACAACGUUGUCAGAAUCCUGGUCUGGAUCUGCCAGCGCGAUGGCCUCCCAGAGCUCUGAAGCAACGUCAUCUGCUGUUAGCUCUGGGUCUAAUAGCACUGCCCCAUAUGGCAACUCUACCUCGACCACGGCCAUGGAAACACACCCUCGAAACUCUGAGGGGGGGGCUUCCUCCUUAGCCACUGUCACUACUUACCGCUCAUGGAACAAUACCAGCACAAUCCAAUGGAUUACCAACUCCACUACACAGGUGACUGUCACGUCUACCGGAAUUGGAUCAGAUAUGAGUGCUGAGACUCGUACAUUGAGCGAGAUGACGCCUAUCACGCCUGGUCUCCCUACCUCAUUCGAUAUCACACUCACCACCAUAUCCGGGAAUAUCGUUACCAAGACCUAUACAAACUACUCGUUGACAAUAUUUACGCCUCCCGUCUCUGUGUCAUUUAGGAUCAGUACUAUCUCCCAAUCCCUGAUCAGUACACCACCUUUCCCUUUCCCAUCAAACACAACUCUUCCGCCAAGUGGCACAGGUAAUCAUCCUACUAUGACCAGCUCUCUGGGGGAGAUCUCAACAUCAGGUAGAACUCUUACAUCAACGGCCAGAACAACUCAUCGUGCCACAAACACCACCUUCUACGGGUCUACAACCGGGUCCUCUGCAUCCACUUGGGGUACAAAUACGCCUCUUUUCCCUGUUACCAACUCUACUACUGCGACUGAUGCCACAUUUUCGUCAAUCGCUUCCUGGCAUCCAGACCCUGAGCCAUGGACGACUUGGUCAACGUGGAGCCUUGGAGGGGAGCCAGACUCUUCGUCUUCGGGCAGUGCGUCUCAUUUCACUAUUGGCAGUCUGAGCAGUAAGAUUUUGGAGUCAACUUCAUACACUCGCACCACAACGGUAUCCCGCACUACUACGUUGCAAGCACCAAAUACGUCUCAGUCCACUCCCAGCAACUCAACCUACGAUGCUUCAAAGUCCAUUUUCUACACCCGUACUACAACAGUGCAUCUUACCACUACUUUGGGAGAGCCAAGCGCAUCACUCCUUACCCCUAGGAACUCGAGUUACGAUGCUGCAGGGUCAACUUCUUAUACUCGUACUACAACUUUGUUCCUCACCACAACCUUGGGAAAGCCAAGCAUGUUACCCUCCACGCCCGGGAACUCGAGUUAUGAUGCUUCCCAGUCCACUUCCUACACUCGCACUACACUUGUACAUCUCACCACUACCUUGAGGGAGCCAGGUGCUUCUCACCUUACCUCUGGUACAGCAGACACUAAUGCUUCGGAGUCGACUUCGUACACUCGUACCACGACGUUGUUUCUCACGACCACUUUGAGCAACUCGGUUACCUCAAGGGUAUCCGAGGUUGCGCCCACCAGUUCAAUCAUUUCAGCAGGGACGAAUAUGAGUUCCGUGUUCACUGACAUCUCGGAAACAAAGACUGUUUCGUUGACUACUGCUUCAUCAUCACUGUCAGCAGAGCCUACUGGUACUUUCCUGACUACCGGUAGUGCGAAGGGAAUAUCAGCAUCCGCUGACAACUCUGUCCUGACGCCAUUCCCGGCAAGCAACUCAACACUCUCGCGGGUUUCUGGUCAGCCGUCUUCGAUGACCAACACUCUGACGGAUAUAGCCAGUCCAUGCGAGUCUACAACCACAAGCUCAUCGACUUGCACCGACUCGCCGUAUUACCCUUCCCAUAAACCUUCAUUUUUGACGACAUCAACCAGCACAUAUUGCCCAAGCGCAGCUGGCGGCACAACUUCUCCACUAUCCAACACUCGGGCGCCCACGGUCCGAGGUGACGCCUCGUCAACUUGCAACACCACAAGCUCUAUGUCAAGUUAUGGCACGGCGCAUUGGUCGAGCAUGACUCACAGGUCGAACAUAACUAACACAUUUGGUGUCAAAGACACAAGCACUUAUCAGUCACUCACGACCUUGAAAACGGUCACCACGAUCCGAGCAGGAGAAUCAGGCUCGGCCGCGGACGAUUAUCCUACUCCAACCGACAGGGCCACUCCAUCAGACGUUUUACCUGAUGACCCGAACUUUCCUUGGGGUAACGACUCCCCGAUCCAUCGCCAUCAGAACUCGUCGGAGCUAGGCAUAGGCACCGGCGAUAUCGACGCAGGUCUAAAUGUAAGGGCCGAUUGGCGUCUGCGAUGGCAGAAUGUCAAGGAUAAACUCAAGGGUCUUUGGCAUGGAGAAGGUUCAGAGACUGGGGGUUAG